UAUUUUCCAGAUUGGGAAACUAUUUAAUUGAGAAACAAUAUAGAUGUUCUUUGCAAAAAAAGUAGAGCACUGAAGGAACAAGUGUUAUUGUUUUACAUUGUAUUCCAUCCUCUGCUAUGAUAUUAAGUCGUGACAGGUCAAGACAUUCUGCUGUAUGGUACAUCAUUUUAUUUUGAAUUUUUACUACAAGCUCCACUCUAUUGUGCAGCUAAGUUACGCCGCAUGUAGUUGGCAAUAUUCCAAACUGUGUCAGUGAUCUGGGACCAUUAGCAAUGCACAUAUGUUUAAUAAGUGUUCAUAAUGUAGAACUACAGUGCCAGUAUUUAAAACACUCACUAACUGAACCCACCUGCUUUCUGCAUAGUUAGUGUCUCAGCGAUUAUAGACUUAUGUCAUUGUUAUGGCUGAACCACGGAGCAUGCAGCUGACCACGCUCUCUGGCAGUGAAACCUGCCUUCCCACAAGUUUACUGAAGAAACCACAGAAUGAAGGAGCAGUCGUUACCCCUGUGGACCCAAAAAGGACUGACAGAGACCCAACCGCUCGGCUAGUACUCGCUCUCUUUCAACCAGACCAAAGACACUGUCCAGAGUUUAACUAUCCCGAACUGGUAAAGAAAACAAAGAAGGAUUCUGUGAAAGAAUCUCGGGAACCUUUUGAGGAAGAUGAAGAUGAAGAUGAGGGGAAACGGAGACUGGAGCUUGAAGUGCUUGCUAAGAAGUUUGAAGAAAGAUAUGGCCCGAAGAAGCGUAAAAAGGACCAUAUGCAGGACUUAUUUGAUAUGGGCUAUGGAUAUGAUGACACAGACCCAUUUAUUGACAACUCAGAGGCUUAUGAUGAGCUUGUGCCGGCUUCACUCACAACAAAAUACGGUGGGUUCUACAUCAAUUCUGGAACGCUGCAAUUCAGGCAGGCAUCGGAAUCUGAACCAGACGACGAUUUAACAAAGGAGAAAAAGAUGCUGAAGUCUCCAAAGAAACGAAAAUUAAAGGAUGGAAGUGAAAAGGUCAUAAAAAAGAAGAAAGAAGAGGGUCAGCAUAAAGAAUCCCAGGUUGCUAAAGCUGGAAUUAUGCCACUUAAUCCCAGUAAGGAAGAAAAGAAAAAAAAUAAAAAGUUUACCAGAGUGCUGAGUGUGAAAAAAAUGUUCCAGAAGGAGAAGGAAGCCUUUGAAAAGGAGGAUGGGAAGCCUCUGUCCAGCCUUCAGCCUGUGGCUGCGCCGCCUCGGGCGCUGGACAGCAACCUCAGUGUGUCCGACCCUCUGCUCUCUCUUAUUGGCUGUGCUAACGAAAGUGAUCUGCAUGCAGCUAGCACUAUCGACUUGGGUGACAUUGAUCUAGAGAAGCUUCUUUAUGACUCUCCAGCUGCAAGCCCCCUUGACCUGGACGAGGGUAGCGACCCUCUCUCAGGAGGUCCGGGCCAGGUUCUUAAACAGAGCCCUGUGCUGCCUGAAGGUUUGCCAGCCCCUUUGGAGAGGCGCAUCAAAGAACUCACUCAGGCUGCCAAAGCAUCUGAGGGAGAGGGAAAACAGAAGUUUUUUACACAAGAAAUCAACAAUAUGCUUUUAGAUGUUGAGCUUCAGUCCAGAGAAUUGCAUAACCCGACACGUUCUGCUGUUUAUGCACAUCUGGCCUCUUUUCUUCCCUGCAGUAAGGACACUCUGAUAAAAAGGGCAAAGAAGUUGCAUUUACAUGAGCAGGAUGGGCGUCUUAAAGAGCCACUGCACAAACUAAAAGCAGCUAUUGGUAGAGUCAUGCCAGGCCAGAGCGCUAAGUACCAAGACGACUGCCAAGCUCGCACCCAGGCAAAGUUUGCCAAAAUGCUGGAAGAAGGGAAAGAGAAGGAACGUUCUGAUGAAGAGGAGGAGGAGGGGGAUGAAGAGAAGAAUGGGAAGCGGGUGAUGAGUCCUCGGAAGAAGUUCCAGUGGAAUGACGAGAUCAGGGAAUUUCUUUGCAACGUUGUAAGAAUAAAAAUGGGCAGUUAUGAGCUGGAGAGGAACAAGUCCCAAUCUGCAGAAAAAUAUCUUAAGGCUUUCCUGGAAGCUGAGGUCAAGCCACUGUGGCCUAAGGGGUGGAUGCAAGCAAGGAUGCUGUUUAAGGAAAGCAGGCGGGUACAUAGCUACAUCACUUCUAUACCGACAAAAAAAAAGGUCAUCAAUCCCCCGAAAAUAAAAAUGAAGGAUCCAAUUGUGAAAGUAGUGGGUUCGACAAGCACCUCGCUGCUGCAUUCGGGUGGCCCAGCAGUCCUGGCACAGGGCCCUGGUAGUAAUGCACUGAGCCCCGUGGGUUUCUUCAUUCCAGCCAGCGCCACUGCACACGGCUCCAGCACCCUGCACUCCUUCACUGGGGACGAUUCUCUGGAUGAAGAUUUGAUCCACAACCCUCCGUCGCUGCAAGGCGUUUCUGAGGAACUGGCUGCCCUGAACAGUGCUGCAAGGGGAAGUCCUGAUUUGUGUUUCUCUGCUGUCCAUAAACCAACUUCUGCUAACCUGCCAGUAUUAACAUCAUCUGAUGAGAAGAAUAAUUUUCCAAAACCAGUUAAUGCCACACCUGUCACUACUUCUGCUGCAUCAUCACAGUCGCCCCUAAAUCUUUUAGCAGAACAGGCAUUAGUGCUUGGACAGCUUUCACAAGAGAGGAAAUCUCAAAACUGUUCCACUGCUCUUUUGAGCAGAUACAAAGGGCUUCUGUCACAGACUUCUACAUGUAACAAAGUCCUUUCUGACAGUCUGCAGACCAAGCACAAGAACCUCAGCUUACUGCGAACAACUUCCAGCUCUGUGCAGAGCCUCAAGCCUUUUCACCAGACCAGCGAAUCACAGAAAAGCUUUCCUUCGUCCGCGCAGUUCAGCAUCAGCCAACUGCAAAGCUUGUCUCAGUCUAAAGCAUCAACGCUGUUUCAGCAAUGUGCCAGCAUGCAGCAGUCAAAAACAGCUGCAAAGACACAGCCUUUUCAUCCUCCCCACUCCUCUCUACCCUGUGCUGUUCAAGCUUCCUCUGUUACUGUGUCUAAAAUUCUUUCUUCUACAGGGUCUUCUGUCAGUUAUAUGUCUAGCACUUACAGCCAAGUUUACAAGCCGACUUUUUCAUUGCCUGCAAAGUCAAGUGUUCUUUCAAGUAGCUCAGCACACAGUGCCUCUGUCAGCACUGGCAUUUUACUCAAUAGGAAAUCGCCUUCUAUAAACCAAACCUCCAGCUUGCAGUCUCAAAGCUCCACCGUUAAGAAGCCCGUGGUUUCUCAGAAACUCACCCUGGUUGCUCCUCCGGGAGGUACCAAUGGAGACUCCACUAUGGGCACACAAGGUGUGGCAAGGCUUUUGACAUCGUCCCUCAAACCAGUAGUGGUUACCAGCUGUUCAACAUCUGCAAGUUCGUUAAAAAAUGUCCCAGGAGCAGCAGUACCGUCCAGUUCUCCAUCCCUGAGUCUUCUCUCCCCAUCAUUCACCUCCUCUGGGGAGACGCUGGCACCAGGGACCCUGAGCAUCUUGCCCGACAUUAUCCCAGUGCACACCUUCAGCUUCCCUGUCCUCUCGUUUGGCUCAGACUCGAAAGCAGGAGGGAGUAAAGAUGCAGUCGUGACGGGGCCUGCGCCAGGGACACUCCAUCAUGGCCUCGCCCCCAGUAUUUUUGCUGGGUUGCACGCUAGCGCCCACCACACAACACAGCUCCCACAACCCACUCAGUCUACCCACUUACAGCAAAGUCUGCAAGAUGGUAGUCAAAUCCAUGGAGAGAACUCAAAUGCACAGCGAAAACUGCAGUGAUGCUUCUUGCAGAAUGAACAUGGAAUCCGGUAACUGUAGCAUGAACUAUUACAUUAACAUCUGGAGGGUAUUAUAACCGAAUGGUUUUAUACACGCCGGAAUGCUGCGGAAUACUUUUAAGUUUACCAUUACCCUAUAGAAUUAUCUCAUUAACAAUUAUCUCUGAAUAAUAUUACAUCAACAUAUUGAAUUACAUACCGCUUUGUAGUUUUCUGUAUAGAAUGGAAAAUGACAAUGUAAUACUGUACUACUAUU